AUGGCAGUUUCUUAUGCAGUGGUGGACAUGAAGCGGUCGGGAUCAGCCGAAACUGAAUCCUGCAAGAAAGAGGAGCUAUCUAAAGCUAAGAGGUAA